UGAAUGCUAUGUCGAGCAGCUCCCAAGCUAUAACUUGCAAAGGUCUAUAACUAGGGCAAAAAGUCAAUUUUAACUGCUGAAAGAGGUUUUUUAGUAAUGACUCUUGUCACAGAGCAAUAUGCUGGGGAAUAGGAGAGAGUGUGAAACUAGAAGAGAUACAAGUAGACCCUCCAAAAGCUUCUGAAGCUCGUGUUAAGAUGCUCUGUGCAAGUAUCUGCCACACAGACUUCUUAAGAGCUCGAGGUUAUGCUAAUCCCUCUUUUCCUCUAGCACUUGGGCAUGAAGGAGUAGGUGUUGUGGAGAGUGUAGGAGAGAGAGUGACAGAUCUAAAAGUAGGAGAUGUAGUGAUUCCAGUAUACAUUGGAGAGUGUGGAGAAUGUGAGAAUUGUGCUUCAGGGGAAUCAAACAUGUGCAUGAGAUAUCCUCUGAGGGUGAGUGGAUUAAUGCCUGAUGACACAUCAAGGAUUUCAAUUAGAGGCCAAAAGGCAUACCAUUUGUUUACCUGCUCAACAUGGUGUGAGUACAUGGUUAGUGAUGCAAACUACCUGAUCAAAGUCGAUCCAAGUAUUGAUUUGGCUCAUGCUAGCUUCAUCUCUUGUGGAUUUUCUACUGGUUUUGGCGCUUCUUGGAAGACAGCCCAAGUUCGAAGCGGAUCGACUGUGGCUGUUUUUGGCCUCGGAGCUGUUGGAUUAGGGGCUAUAAGUGGUGCCAAGAUGAUGGGAGCAACUAAGAUAAUUGGGAUUGACAUAAAUGAGAAGAAGAAAGAAAGAGGAGAAGCUUUUGGGAUGACGGACUUCAUAAAUCCUAAUGAACAUUCCAAUAGGCCUUCUUCUCAAUUGGUGAAGGACCUCACAAGUGGACUUGGUGUGGAUUAUGCCAUUGAGUGCACUGGUUUUGCCCCCUUGGUCACUCAGGCCCUGGAAUCCACCAAAGUGGGGAGAGGAAAGGCAGUAGCAAUCGGUGCAGGAAUAGAAGAAUGUGUGCAAGUCAACUGGUUGGGUCUUCUUCUUGGAAGAACUUUGAAGGGUUCAGUUUUUGGAGGCUUGAAACCCAAAUCUGACCUUUCUAUUGUGGCUGCCAAAUGCCAAAACAAGGAUUUCCCUCUCGAUGAGCUUUUAACUUAUGAAGUCCCGUUGACAGAGAUAAAUAAAGCUUUUGAUCUCUUUAAACAGCCAGAUUGUGUCAAAGUUAUUAUCAAGAUGUGAUUGAUGUUUGAUUUUCACGCGUAUUUCCCUGAAAAUAAUAAGAAGGAUCCACCUAUUUUUAGAAUUUUUGUCUAUUCAUUUUUAAAAUUUUCAGAUUUUCAAUAAAGAAUCAAUAUAUUUGAUAUGAUUGACAUUUUAAAA